CUUCAGAUCCAAUUAAAAUCAGCAAGAGAGUUAAAAUUGAAAUCUCAAAACCCCAAAAAAGAGCCACCGUAAAUGUUAAACCCCUGUCAGAAUUUACAAACCUCCACCGCCCUUCUACGCCCUGCCCUGUCCUGCCUUCUCAGGGAUGCUGACGUGUCUCCUCCAAGCCCUCCCUCUUGGGCCUCCUCGGCCUAAUCAUCUUGCCGGCUCAAGGAAGAGGACGGAGCUGGCCCACUGCCUCACUUCCACCUCUUUCCACCUCAGACCCUCUCCCCUUCCCCUUUUCCUUCCCGCCGAUGAUCGGACUUGGUCACUCAUGUGUUCUCCUUCUCCUUCCAACUCCCCCUCCGACUUGGGCAAUGCCAAAAAGGAGCAGGAAGAGGAAACUCAUGAGGAAUCAGUUCUUGACUCGGUGAUCAAAUUUGUAGCUGAUUCAGUUAAGCAAUUUCUAGUGGCUACAGCAUGGAUAAAGGGCCUUUUCUUGCAUGUUUCUUGGCUCAUUUUUAGCUGUGAUCGUUUGGUUACUGCAAAACAGCCAGAUAUAUCCUCUAUCUUAGCAAUGUUACUUCUGUUAUUUCAAUCAACAUGGAUGGCUACAUGGUGGCAGCGGAUGUGGAAACUUCAGACAAGAAGGAUUAAGAAAAAGAGCUACUUUGCUAACUGGGAAAAAAGAGACCCCGUUGAAGUAGAUGCCAGGCAAAUAACCAAGUUCCUUUGGUGGAUGCUCUUUUUUCAUAAUCUGUUUGGACAUAACAAUUUCUAUGACUUACAAUUGAUGAUCUACGUUGGGCUAUGUGACUGUUUACUAGAGCAGAUUUUCUUUGCUUGGAAAGGACUGUUUAGUUAGAGCUGUAGAAUUUUGGCUUGGCAAUUGACCUAUUUCACUAAUUUUAGCCCUCUACUAACUAGUACAGAAUUGAUGGUCUAAAUGUAUCAGAGGAUGAUUUUGUUGUAAAGACGUUUACUUGCACUUCUUGAUCAUUGUGAUCAAGAUUUUUUGGAUCAUCUUCAUCUACCCCUU